GACUAGAAGGAGUACAGCUACGACCGGAAGUGAUUUUCUUCGUAGCAUGCUAGGAGAACAUUUUAGCUAACCCUAACCAGUUUACUAACCUUAGCCUAAAUCUCCUGACCUGCCGCGUGAAUUAUCCUAACGUGCUACGAAACAUGUCACUUCCGGUAGGGACGUCCCAAGGAUCCCAGAAUAGCACAUAUUAAGUCAGAACCCUGGCAACCCGAGUCUCCACUAUCCCAUACUGCAUUGCGUCUGUGUUUGCGAGCAUUAGCAUUUUACAUUCAGGGGCGCUAGUGUUUUUGUAGGCAGGGCAUUUUCUUUUAGUGAAUAACCUGCUUUUUAUUAAUAACGAUUCGUGGUUUUAAGUACAUCACACGCAAACAUGGAGAUUGGCACAGAAAUAAGCAAGAAAAUACGGGCUGCUAUCAAGGGGAAACUUCAAGAACUCGGUGCCUAUGUCGAUGAAGAACUACCAGACUAUAUCAUGGUAAUGGUGGCCAACAAGAAGACUUCACAGCAGAUGUCUGACGACCUGGCCCUCUUCCUUGGAAACAACACCAUCACGUUUACUUUCUGGUUACAUGGAGUCCUGGAGAAACUGAGGUCUGUGGCAGUAGAACCAGCGUCCCUGAGGACUCCGCUCUACUCGGACACCUCAGCAGGGAAGAGCGAGAGGAAGGGCGGGGGCUCACAGGGGCUUGCGGUGUCCAGUUUGCUCUCUGAUAGGACGGAGGCCCGCGUGUCCAGCUCCGCCCAUGAGCACAGGGUCUCCUCAGACAAGACCUCCUCGUCCCGCCUCACCUCCACGGUCAAGCCCCUGGUGGACUCCUCCGAGGCCGUCAUCGACAUCAAGCCUGAGCUGGACGAUGACCUCAUCGGCGAGGACCCCGUGGACAUGGGCGUCCUGCCUGGUCGCCUGCGUGGAUCUACCUCCGGAGGAGGAGGGGUGCGGGCGUCGGCCCAGAUCUACCGGCCGCCCCAGGGCAGGCUCUCCUCCGGGACAGGCAGGUCGGCAGACGCCUACAGGUCCUCAGAGGGGUCCUCGGAGUCUCACAGCAGGCAGCAGCACGGCAGCCAAUACCUGGACAGUAGGAGCAGCAGAGACAGCAGGGUACAGCAACAUGAGGGGGUAUCGAGGAAGCGUAGGGCCCCAGUGGUGAGCUCCGUGGUGCGGGUGAACCAGACGGCUGACGAGGGUCCAGACAGUGAUGAGCUGGAGGAGGAGGAGGAGGAUGACGAGGAGGAUGAAGGAUACGGAGUCAAGAGCAUGUCCAGUAGAGUGUCCCUGCCUUCCAAACCAGAACGCAAACCCUCCCUUCCCCCGGCCAAACAGGCCAACAAGAACCUGCUGAUGAGGGCUAUUGCUGAGGCCCAGAUCUCCAUCAACAAGACUACAGCCUACCCAGCUGUACCACAGAGACAGACUGUUCCCGUGGCUCCCAGGACCCGUUCAGCCAGCGAUGAGAUGAACGCAGCCAUCCAGCUGGUUCAGGAGCACCUCCACGGCCUGGCCCCCAGGGGGCAGACGUACCCCCUCUCAGAGUCUCAGCCCCACAGGCAGCUAGUCCAGUCCCUGGCCUCUCGGCUGCAGUUAGACGUGCCAGAGGACAUGAGAGCACAGCACAGUGGCUAUUUAUUGCCGGAGGUGGCAGAGGGGAGCGGUCUGAAGCCUUUUGACACCCGCUCCUUCAUCGUGAGGAGGUCUGAGCUGGGGGAGGAGGUGGUUCCUGUCAGGAGCAGACUGGGACAACUGGAGCAGGAGGUACCUAUGAGGACUAGGCUUGGGUUAGAGGAGGUGGCAUCUCCUAUGAGGAGUAGACGGGAGGAAACUAUAGUGCCUAUGAGGAGCAGGCUGGGAGCCAUGGUCAAGGAGGAGUUCCUACCAGCUACUCCACGCAUGGUGCAGCCAGCCAGCCGUGAGAAGUCUGAAGCCGCGAGGUCAGCCAGUCCUAAGUUCAUUGUGACCCUGGAUGGGGUUCCUAGCCCCCUGGGUAACCUAGGAGAGUGUGACAUGGAGGCAGAUGACAGUUGUCCUAAACCAGCCAAGACCCCCAUGCCUGACCCCUCCAUCCACCUCAGAACAAAACCCAAACUCAGCAUCUACCACAGACUGCAAGGGGGAGCCACAAUACUCAGACGCCACCACUGUCAGUGUCAGCGACCAAACUACCGGAAAUCACUAUUUUCCGAUGGAAAGCGGUUCUGCCAAGAAGAAGGGAUGGAGGAGGCGGGUCCUGUGAAGAGACAGAAGGUUCUGGAGCGGUGCAAGUUCUGGCCUGUCUGUAAGAGUGGAGACAACUGUGUCUUCCAUCACCCCACUACACAGUGCAAGGCCUUUCCCAGCUGUAAGUUUGGGGACAAAUGCCUGUUCGUCCAUCCGAACUGUAAAUUUGACGGCAAGUGUUCCAAACCAGACUGCCCCUUUACCCACGUCAGCCGCAGAGGCCACGCCCCCUACACCCCCUCAGCCAGACUUGUGCCUCCACCUCAGUCCAGAAGUGUGUGUCGUUUCUUCCCGGAGUGUAAGAAGACUGACUGCCUCUUCUACCACCCCAAGCCUUGUCGGUUUGGAGCCCAGUGUAAACGUGUUGGCUGCACCUUCUACCACCCCACUGCCUCAGUCCCUCCCAGACACGCCCUCAAGUGGACUAAGGCCCAGAGCAGACUACAAGAGACGAGCAGCCGAGACUGACCGAGUCAAUAUGAUGUGAAGCUAUUGAAGAUGGGAUUUGUUUUUAUCCUCUCGCGGUUUAAUUCUCGACCAUCUGGUCCAUCCUUCAUAUACUUUUAUUUCAUUUUAUUUGUGAAACUUGACAGAUUUUUUUUUUUUUUUUUGAUAUUGCUGAAAGUAAAUUAAAAUACUCUGUCAAGUU